GUAAAAUAAAUGUCUUGUCACCUUUUCGGUAACGAAAUGGUAAUAUUUUUUUUGCGUGUACAAACUGAGAUUUAAGUUUUGUUUGGCACCAAUUUCUACAGAAAGUCAUAGCAAGUGUUACGCACCGUAGAUUACAUAGUCGACAAUACGCACUAUAUGUAAUUUAUCGUGAUUUGGAACGAUCUGAAUUAGUACUUGAAUUUCGAAAUGAAGUGCCAAAGUGAAACCUCAACCGCAACCGAUGGCGUUUUAAGAUCAGUUGACCGAGAAGAAGAGCCAUUAACAUGGAUGUUCUGGCGAAAGCGUCGUUACUUUGUUGUUAUGAUGGUGCAUCUGGGAUACAUUGCAAACUAUUCGAUGCGGGUUAAUCUAAGUGUAGCAAUUGUUGAAAUGACAAAAAAUCGAACAAUACAGUAUGAAGAUGGAACGAGUGGUAAUGAACAAUAUUUUAACUGGAAUUCACAAGAGCGUGGUAUAAUUUUGAGCUCAUUCUACUGGGGAUACAUUUGCACCCAGAUUGUUGGUGGGUUUUUAUCGAAGAGAUUUGGUGGUAAUCUGAUAUUCGGCCUUGGAAUAGGACUCACAGCAGUCUUGACACUACUGAUUCCUUGGCUAGGAAAAACGGUGGUUGCAAUUGUAGUUAUUCGGGUUCUGCAAGGUUUAUGUGAAGGUGUUACAUUUCCUUGCAUACAUGAUGUCUGGCUGUUUUGGGCCCCAAUACCAGAACGUUCAAGAAUGGCUUCGAUUGGUGUUUCAGGCAUGUUGGUGGGAACCGUUAUAUCUUUGCCGAUCAGUGCACUUUUAGCUACAUCUUUGGGAUGGGAGAGCAUAUUCUAUGUUUUUGGUGGACUCGGCAUUUUAUGGCACAUAACUUGGGCAAUUUUUGUUAGAUCGUCGCCCGCUCAGGACAGUUAUAUAUCUAAGGAUGAAUUAGAUUACAUACAGAAUAAUGUCAGCAUUGCCGACGAAACGACACGAAUCGUUCCAUGGAAAUCAUUACUGACUUCGAGAGCUGUAUAUGCAAUAACAGCGGCACAUAUAACUGAUAAUUGGGGCUUCUACACGUUGAUAACACAAAUGCCAUCGUUUUUGAACGACGCUCUUCAUUACAAUCUUGAAAGCUCUGGACUUUUAUCGGCCAUUCCAUAUCUCUGUAUGAGUAUUUCGAUACCAAUAGCCGGUAUUUUAGCAGAUGUUCUACAAAAUAAGAAACUUCUCACAACUACCCAGGUUCGAAAGUAUUUCAAUUGUGGUGCUUUCACCAUACAAAUGGUCUGUAUGCUUAUGGCAGGUUUUCUUGUUCACCGUUUGUGGAGUGUUUUACUAAUCAUUGUUGGAGUUGGUAUUGGUGGAUUUACAUUGACAAGUUACUCUAUCAACCCUCUUGAUAUAGCUCCUGCAUAUGCCUCUCUUAUUCUUGGCAUCUCAAACACAUUUGCUACAUUGCCAGGCAUUAUCAGUCCCGCAUUAACUGGAUAUUUAGUGCAAAAUCAGACAAUAGACGAAUGGAGGAUUGUGUUUUAUAUCGCAGCUUCUGUAUACGUAUUUGGUAUAGUUGUAUAUUGGUUUUGGUGUUCGGGAGAAUUGCAACCGUGGUCAGUGUCAGGUGCACGCCGCGAUAAUGAAAUAAGAACUAAGGCAAGUCGUAAAGUGACCGACCAGGUAUCCGACUAAUAUACAAAGGGACAAAUUCAAAUAAAUAAAUGAUGACGAAAAGUUUCGUUUAUUACAUAGAGUACAGGGUUAAGGAGAGCUGAUGGAAUAAAAUUUAUUUGA